ACUGCUGCCGAUGCUGCUGAGCUCCUGUAUCCGAGGAGCAGCAGAUACUGAGAGAAACCACUAUAAAGAGAGAGAGGCAUAGAGACACUGAGGGAGGCAGAACGAGAGAGAGAGAGAGAGAGAGAGAGACAGAGAGAGGGAAGGCAGGAUAAGGACUACGUAUAUUUCUGGGGAGAGAAGGAUAAAAGCUGAGCGUUUGCGAAUUUGCUCCUUACUGAGUGAGAAAGAAGAACAGACAGAAUGACUCUGACAGCCUACCUAGAAAAGCUGAAGGAGCUCCCUCUAGUGUCCCGCUUCUGCAUCUGCAUCAGCACCAUUCCUGCAGACCAGCAAGUGUACAAGGCUGAAGACGCUGUAGACCUCAACUGGUGUGAGAUUAAAGAUGUGGAGGUGAUUGAGCUGAACAAGCGAGCCUCUGGUCAGGCGUUUGAGGUGAUCCUAAAGCCUCCAUCAUUCGAUGGUCUACCUGAGCUGAAUACCUCCAUGCCCCAUCGCAAGGACCCCUCACUGGAGGAGAUCCAGAAGAAGCUGGAGGCUGCUGAGGAAAGACGAAAGUGCCAGGAGGCAGAGCUGCUGAAGCACCUGGCGGAGAAAAGAGAGCACGAGAGGGAGGUCAUCCAGAAGGCCUUUGAGGAGAACAACAACUUCAUUAAGAAUGCCAAGGAGAAGCUGGAGCAGAAAAUGGAGGCCAACAAGGAGAAUCGCGAGGCCUUGCUGGCAGCCAUGCUGGAGAGGCUUCAGGAAAAGGACAAGCACGCUGAAGAAGUGAGGAAGAAUAAGGAGCUGAAGGAAGAAGCUUGUCGGUAAAGGAGUGAGUAGAGGAGGACUGCUUUGGCUUGCCAAAAGAAAAAAAAAACAAGAUGUGGAGAGGGAACGAGGAGAAUGAAGAAUGUAUGAAGCAUUGGAGAGUCAUGGACAAUGCUAUUAUUGACUAUUUGAAACACACUAAAUCUUUUUUUGUGGGGUUUAACAAUGUCAAAACUAAGUAAUUUCAUGAAAAAAGACCAAAAGAUGCCUGUUUUCUUCUAGAUGGCAAUGCAAGGUGCACCCAAGCUCUAGUACUAAAGCGUGUACGGCAAAGAAAAAACGAAAGUUUGACAAACUGCAGUCUGAGCUAAUGGUGUAGAGGACUGGUUGAAAAGAAAUAAUGAGGAAAUUUUUAGGGCUACAUCUGAGUCCAGUUGAGUGGAGAUGUUAACCAAAAAAGAACAGAACCCACACAUCGAAAUAAGCUUUUCCUUCCCUCAAAUCUAUAGAGCCUAGCAAAUUAUAAGCUGUGCAUGCUAAUUCACAGAUCAGUUGCUGGAGAAUGAACACAAGCUUUGUCAAUAAAAUGCAGCAUUUAUAAUGGAUUCAUUCACAUUGCCUUUGACCUCUAAGGAGCAUUAAGUCAUGAUAAUCCAUUUUGGGAGUCAGACUUUUUUUUGCCUUGUUGAUUAUUAUGCGGCUCAUAACUAUUAGCCGGUUCAAAGUUAACUAAAGCUUAAAAACUUAAGCACAAUCCAAAAGCACAUAGCUAAUAGUCUUUUCUUUGCAUCAUGCACGAAUGACAGGUAAAAAACUGAUCACGUCUCAGCGAAAAUGUAGAGCAGUGACGUAGUAAGGGAGACUGAGAAGCUGCCACGGUAUCAGAUGGAAAUGGUGCACUUUGUUCUGGCAUGAAAUUGUGUUUAAUUCUUUGCGUCAGUCGUGUUCAAUACUUGUACCUGUUAACUGCAAAUGACUGAAGAGUGAUUUAUUUGUGUUCAAAAACUCAAGAAAAAUGACAUCUGUGAUGAGAAUGGAUGUGAAUUGGUCAGGAGGCACAUUUGUAUAAAUUGGACCCCACCUGCUGCCUAUGUUUGUGGUUGCCCUAAAGCCUAACUGUCUCUGUUUUGACAUGGCCAGUAAAAUCUUCUCUUGACCUAACAA